UUGUUCAAACUUCUCCAGCGAUCUCAUUUCUUCACAUCGCCGUGAAUUCUAGGGUCCCGGCGAUACCAACUGCCGGAUCCCGUCGCCAUGGACUCCUCCGGCAUCGGAGGCGGCCUCUUUAUUGUUGAUCCCCUCGAGCGGAAUGCUACCAGGGGCCGCGGCGUCAUCACGUCGAUGGCUGCCGGCAACGAUGUCAUCGUCCUGGGCACCAGCAAGGGCUGGGUCCUUCGCUACGAUUUUGGGCUUGGGGACACCCAGGACCUCGACUUUUCCGGAGGAAGGGGCGGCGAUCAGCCAGUUCACAGAGUCUUCGUCGAUCCCAGAGGGAGCCACUGCAUUGUGACGGUUCUCCAAGCUGGCGGCGCGGAGACAUACUACACCCACGCAAAGUGGGCGCGGCCUAGGGUUUUGAGCCGCCUGAAGGGAUUAGUAGUCAAUGCCGUGGCCUGGAAUCGGCUGCAGAUCACGGAAGGGUCAACAAAAGAAGUGAUUCUUGGUACCGAUAAUGGACAGAUGUUUGAGAUUGUGGUGGAUGAAGUGGACAAGAAGGAGAAAUAUGUAAAGCUGUUGUUUGAGCUGACUGAGCUUCCUGAGGCUAUCAUGGGUUUGCAGAUGGAAACAGCUUCUGCAGGUAAUGCAACCAGAUUUUAUGUGAUGGCCGUGACAGCUACAAGACUGUACUCUUUUACCGGCAUUGGUUCAUUGGAGACUGUCUUUGCUAGCUAUUCAGAUCGUGCAGUACAUUUUAUGGAACUUCCCGGUGAAAUACCCAAUAGUGAGCUGCAUUUCUUUAUCAAGCAACGAAGAGCUAAACAUUUUGCCUGGCUUUCUGGGGCUGGAAUUUAUCACGGUGACUUAAACUUUGGUGCACAGCAUAGUUCAAUCAAUGGAGAUGCAAACUUUGUUGAAAACAAGGGCCUUUUGGACUACUCAAAAUUGGGUGAAGCCAAUAAACCAAGGUCUUUUGCAGUUUCAGAAUUUCACUUCUUGGUUUUGAUUGAGAACAAGGUCAAGGUUAUUAACAGGAUUAGCCAACAAAUGAUUGAGGAACUAAAAUUUGAACAUUCACCAGAAUCAUCAAAAGGAAUCAUUGGAUUAUGUAGUGAUCCCACUGCUGGGUUAUUCUAUGCAUUUGAUGAAAAUUCUAUUUUCCAGGUUUCUGCUCAUGAUGAAAGUCGAGAUAUGUGGCAAGUAUACCUAGAGAUGAAGGAAUAUGCUACUGCUUUAGCUUAUUGCCGAACUCCAAUCCAGAGGGAUCAGGUGUAUCUUGCUCAGGCUGAUGCUGCUUUUUCCACCAGAGAUUAUCACCGAGCAGCUUCCUUUUAUGCAAAGGUGAAUUACAUCAAAUCCUUUGAAGAGAUCAGCUUGAAGUUUGUCAUGGCAGAUGAGUUGGAUUCGCUACGGACAUUUUUGCUACGAAAACUUGAUACUCUGACUAAGGAUGAUAAAUGCCAAAUCACAAUGAUCUCCAUGUGGGCUGUAGAGCUUUACUUAGACAAGAUAAACCGGUUGCUUUUGGAAGAUGAUGCAGGAAAGCCUGGUAACGAUGUAUCAGAAAUGAACAAAUCUGAGUAUCAGUUAAUUGUACCAGAAUUUCGAGCCUUUCUUAGUGACUGUAAGGAUGUUUUAGAUGAGGCAACAACAAUGGACUUAUUGGAGAGGCACGGUAGAAUUGAUGAGUUGGUCUACUUUGCUGGGCUGAAGGAGCACUAUGAAAUUGUCAUUCACUAUUAUAUUCAGCAAGGUGAAACGAAGAAAGCAUUAGAGGUGCUCCAGAAACCUAAUGUUCCUAUAGAUCUUCAGUAUAAAUUUGCCCCUGAUCUGAUCAUGCUUGAUGCUUAUGAGACUGUUGAAUCAUGGAUGGCUACAAAUAAGCUGAACCCAAUGAAGCUAAUACCAGCAAUGAUGCGCUAUGCAAGUGAACCACAUGCCAAGAAUGAGACUCAUGAGGUCAUCAAGUACUUAGAAUUCUGUGUUCACAAUUUGCAUAAUGAGGAUCAUGGGGUUCAUAAUUUGCUACUUUCAUUGUAUGCCAAGCAGGAUGAUGAGAGUGCAUUGGUACGAUUCUUUCAAUUCAAGUUUGGCAAAGGACGAACAAAUGGUCCAGAGUUUUUCUAUGAUCCCAAAUAUGCUCUCCGGUUAUGUCUAAAGGAAAAGAAAAUCCGUGCAUGUAUUCAUAUUUAUAGUAUGAUGUCCAUGCAUGAAGAAGCUGUGGCCCUUGCAUUGCAGGUAGACACAGAGCUUGCGAUGGCAGAAGCUGAUAAAGUUGAAGACGAUGAAGAUUUGAGGAAGAAGCUAUGGCUUAUGGUUGCAAAACAUGUAAUUGAGCAAGAGAAAGGAGUUAAAAGGGAGAAUAUAAGAAAAGCUAUAGCAUUUCUCAAGGAAACUGAUGGACUUCUGAAAAUUGAGGAUAUUCUCCCAUUCUUUCCAGACUUUGCCCUUAUUGAUGACUUCAAAGAAGCAAUCUGUUCUUCAUUGGAAGAUUACAACAAGCAAAUCGAACAAUUGAAACAAGAAAUGAAUGAUGCUACUCAUGGAGCUGACAACAUACGGAGUGAUAUUAGUGCCCUUGCCCAAAGAUAUGCUGUAAUUGAUCGUGAUGAAGAAUGUGGGGUUUGUAAAAGGAAAAUAUUAACGGCUGGAGGGGCACCUCUUCUAGCUAGGGGUUAUACAUCAACUGGACAUAUGGCCCCCUUCUUUAUUUUCCCAUGUGGUCAUUCCUUUCAUGCAAAUUGUCUGAUUGCUCAUGUGACUCGCUGCACAAGUCAAACCCGAGCCGAAUACAUACUGGACCUUCAGAAGAAGCUUAGCUUACUCGCAGAUAAGGCCACAAAUGAAUCAAACGGCACUGCAGAAGACAAAUCCAUCACUAGCAUGACGCCUCUUGAAAAGCUUCGAUCACAACUUGAUGAUGCUAUAGCUAGUGAGUGUCCCUUCUGUGGUGACCUGAUGAUCAGAGAGAUUUCAUUGCCUUUUGUUCUGCACGAAGAUGCAGAGGAAAUAGCUUCUUGGGAGAUCAAGCCUCAUGUGACAAGUCAGAAAAUUCUACCUAUGACCAUAUGAUGCCUGGUUCUUUGCUCAUUCAAAAUUGUACGUAGUCUAUGUUUCCUCCUGACAUGAAUGCGAAGCAGCUAUUGACGUGGAUUACAUAGAUUUGUAUCUAUGUAAUCACUGUAUCUACCUGCAAUCUACUGUAUAAAGCCGAGCAAUCUUUGAUACUCGACAUUUGUUUUUUUUUUGUUAUUUAUUAUGUAUUUCUGAUCGAACUGAUUAUUUUGUCUUUUACAAUUUUGUUAAACUUUUGUAUCUAGUUCUUGAUGAACAACUGGAAAUAAAUAUUUUAUUUUA